UUUUAACAUACCAGACUCUUUUAAGUAGCGCCAUACUACGUAGUUCACUUGUUCGGAGUCCAUUUUAUGGGCGUUAUAUCAACGAAGAAAAGAUCACUACUUAAUAGUGCAUAGGAAUACUGAGAGAAAGUUACCAAUUAGUUAAUUUCAAAAGAAUCAAUGCAUUUCACACAAACACAUGAAGUUUACAGUGAAAUUGCUGAUAUAAAGGAAUCCAAGAUUUUCCACUUACCAACUGAAGUGUUGUCAACCAGUACGGAAAACCGAAUACAAAAACCAAAAACAGAAACGGCAAAAGAACCUGUCCAUACUCCGUUAGGAUUUAAUUAAAGCACAUUAAAGUGUUGUUAUAACUUGUACUUAGUGGCAGGUGGUAUCUUUUGUUAAAAAAAAAGGAAAAGCUUUCUUUUACUCUAUCCGAAGAAUUAUUAUAAAGACAUAUUCAUGCCAAUUGCUGAGUUACCUCGAUAUUAGCCGAACAAGUCCUUUGUCUUUUUCUGUACUUCUUUUGUUUUACGAAAUCAUCGUUGAUUCUUCGUGGUCUUGUUUUUUUUGUAUAUUGGGACAAUUGUGAAUGGUAACGUUCUUGCUAAACUGUUAAAGGAACUGCGAUUACUAUUCUAAAGUUCUCUUUUCUGGAAAUUAUUAAAAGAUUCUUUUUUUUCCUGUUUAUUUACAAGCUUUCGUUGGUGCCGUUUUUUUUUGUUAAUAGGGUUUUUCAAAUUCCGGCAAGAUGAAAGAAGCUAUUACCCACGUUUUUCUCUUUCUAUUUGUUAUUGGAUUCUUUUUGCGGACAUGUAUUCAUCUGUACUCUAUGUUUACUCUGUACACAAGCUUUCAUACCUACAUGCUUCUCUGUGUUAACAUGGUUCCUAAGUUUUUAUACAUGUUUCCUUGGACACUUUUGACAUGCUGUUUUACGGAGAACAACGUUAUUUUUUUUUCACUUUGCGUCGUUUUGUUAAAAUUAGUUGGUCACCAUAUGGAGCAUUUAUGGUCGCAAAGAGACGUCGUACUGUUCUUGUACUCUCUUUCUCUUCUUCCAAACGUAUUUACUCUCCUCACAAGUUACGUUGCACAUGUCAUUACAGAUAAUGAUGCUAUAAUCACUAGUCCUAUAUAUGGAAAUGGAGCAUUUAUAAUUGGACUCCUGAUUGCUUGGGUCUAUCUAAAGCCUGCACAUCGCAUAUCCAUUAGUCCGUCCCUGUCACUUCCUAUCCAGUAUGCUCCCUUUUUUUACUUGGCAUUUGCUGUGGCGCAUUGCGUGACGUUUUCUCAGUAUUCCCGUCUUGUUCAGAUAGUCUUUGGUUUUUUCUAUGCCUGGUUCUACUUACUCAUCUUACAGCCCGUCACGUUCGACUUGGGUAUCCACUCAAUCGAGCUUGGAAAAGGUUCACGCCGUCGCAUCUCCUUUUAUGACUUUCUCCCUCAACCAGUCCAAUGUUUUUUAAAACGUACUGAGAAUCGGAUCAAGCAUUUUCUUUUUGAUGAAAGAAACAACGAUAAAGGACUCACUGAAACCUUGCCAUCCUUCAGUGUACCUAAAAAAGAUCACCGUGCAGAAGCUGAGCGUCGCAGGACUGCUGCCCUUCAUUCCUUGGUCAAUUAAAACAUCGCACGUAUAAUCAUAGAGCUCUAAAAUAUCCGAUUACAACUGUACGCAUUGUUGAUUUAGAUUAAGUAACUUAUAAACAUAUGAAAAAGCUGUUUCGCAAACAACGAAUUAAAGUACGAUAGAGUGCCGACUAUAGCUAAGCGAACGUGUAUAUUCUAUUAACCCUACCCUAAAUAUUGACUAUAUAAACCAACG